GCAGUCCAGCAUCAUCGCUCCCGGAGAAUAACAUGGCUCUGACGGGCACAUAGCGGCCGAAUCCCCGGUCUCUGCCCGCAGGAGCGCCGCGGCACCGGCAGAACAUGUGAGGAUCUCCAGCGCUGCAGGUUUCUCCAGCUCUUCCAGCAUGUUUGGAAAGAAGAAGAAGCGUCUGGAGAUUUCGGCUCCGUCUAACUUCGAGCACCGCGUACACACAGACUUCGACCCGCAGCAGCAGAAGUUCACCGGCCUGCCGCAGCAAUGGCAGAGUCUGCUGGCGGACACAGCCAACCGGCCCAAACCCAUGGUGGACCCGUCCUACAUCACACCCAUACAGCUGGCACCUAUGAAGAUGUCUCCCAAGAAGGUCCGGUUGGCUGAAUCGCCGUUGCGAAAAACUAUCGUGCGGGGCAGCCGAGCACCCAGAGACGCCUCCAUCAACGGUCUGUUGGAGGAGUUCGACAGCAUCUCGGUGUCGCGCUCCAACUCUCUGCGCAGGGACAGUCCGGCAGCGGCGGCGGCGGCAGUGGGGGGCAGCAGAGCGCAGAACGGCUUUGGACAGUACGGCCGCUACUCCUGCGAUCUGGACAGCGGAGUGUGUGUGGAGGCGGAGUGGCAGCAGCGCUCCUCGCUGCGGCAGAACGGACACCCCGGCCUCGGCCCUGGCCCCAUCCGUAGCCCCUUCUACCCCGACGCCAUGCCACAGAAGGCCUCGGAGUGGGCCAGGCUGCCGCCGGAUUAUCAUGCGUACCUGGAGAGCCGGACACAGAUAUGCGGGGAGGGGCCGGUGGGCCGGCGGGACUACCGCGCCUCUUUGGGUGGCUCCAGCUUGGACUAUAGGGACGCUCCGCUGGGCACGCCGUCCCGCCUGUCGCUCCGCAGCGAUCACACCAGCUGUCCCGACGCAGACUGGGGCUUCGGUGAGCUCCACAAGCGGCCCAAAUCUUCCUACGGCAGCCACGGCAGCCCUCAGCCGGCGCUCCGGCAGCGCUCGCGGUCCGGUUCAGGUCUGCAGGAGCCCAGCAGCAGCAGCGGCAGCAGCGGCGCCCCCUACAGCAUCAGUGCGCUCUCUGCAGCACCACCACAGGGCUCCUACAGCUCUUACACCUACCCCAGACUCUCCGAAAACACCUCCGCUAUGAUCAUCGGCAAGGCGGAGUAUGAUCGAGUGUGUCGUGAUGGCAGUCCUCAGGCAGUGUGUGAGCCAUACCCGCGUGUGCCGCUGAAGCUCCCGCACAGUAAAGUGCUGUACCCGCCGGUGCUGCAGUACCCGCCGCUGCUGUGCCAGCCAUCCCCGUACCAGCACCCGCCAUCACAGCCCAGCCCACCCUACACCCCUGCAGGCGCACACUCACACACACACUCGCAGCCAUCCUCGCCCUACGUCCCGCCCGGGGCCUACCCUCCGCCCAGCUGGGGCUCGCCCGCGGAGCAGCCCCCCCCUCGGGUGUCCCAUGAGCAGUUCCGGGCAGCGCUGCAGCUGGUGGUGGAACCCGGUGACCCGCGCCAGGGCCUGGACAGCUUCCUGAAGAUCGGCGAGGGCUCCACGGGCAUCGUCUGCAUCGCCACUGAGAAGCACAGCGGCAAACAGGUGGCGGUCAAGAAGAUGGACCUGCGGAAACAGCAGCGGCGUGAGCUCCUGUUCAAUGAGGUGGUCAUCAUGAGGGAUUACCAUCAUGAAAAUGUGGUGGACAUGUACAACAGCUACCUGGUGGGAGACGAGCUCUGGGUCGUCAUGGAGUUCCUGGAGGGCGGAGCUUUGACUGACAUCGUCACGCACACCAGGAUGAAUGAGGAACAGAUCGCCACCGUGUGUCUGUCAGUGUUGAAGGCGCUCUCAUAUCUGCACACUCAGGGCGUCAUUCACAGAGAUAUCAAGAGUGACUCCAUCCUACUGACCAGUGACGGGCGGAUCAAACUGUCUGACUUCGGCUUCUGCGCUCAAGUGUCUAAAGAGGUUCCCAAGAGGAAGUCUUUAGUGGGGACGCCGUACUGGAUGGCUCCAGAGGUCAUCUCCAGGUUACCCUAUGGCACUGAGGUGGACAUCUGGUCUCUGGGCAUCAUGGUGAUAGAGAUGGUGGAUGGAGAACCACCAUAUUUCAACGAGCCGCCACUGCAGGCCAUGCGAAGAAUACGAGACAACCUGCCACCCCGACUCAAGGAGUCUCACAAGGUGUCGUCGGUGCUGCGGGCAUUCCUGGAGCUGAUGCUGGUGCGAGAGCCUUCCCAGCGGGCGUCAGCACUGGAGCUCCUGCAGAACCCCUUUCUGAAACUGGCGGGACCCCCAGCCUGCAUCGUCCCACUAAUGCGGCACUACCGGCCCCGCUAACACACACACACACACACACACACACACUCUCACCCUGUAUUCUAGCUGUGCUGUAAGUGGCCUGUACAGUUUUGAUAAGCUCCAGUAUUUUGUGGUGGUGUUCUCCAUGGUCAGACAGGCAGAGUCACACAAACACACGCAUGCACUCACGCACACACACACACACAGUCCUGCUGAUAUGAAUAUGAAUAAUACGUUUCCUACAGUUUGUGUGUGUGUGCAGAUGGAGGUGCAGACACACACACAGAGGACUCUGAUAUAUUUCUGUACUGUACAUUUGUAGAGGCUGCACCCCCCCCCCCCCACCCUGUUUAUACACUCUUUGAUUUCUGACUCAGUAGUGUGGCCUUCUUCAUCUCACACACACACGCUCACACACACACCCAUGCUCACACACACUCAUCCUCUUCCAGCAAUACCUGAUGUGUUCAGCACAAUAACCUGAGCAGACGUGUGUGUGUGUGCGUGCGUGUGUGUGUGUGUGUGCGUGUGUGUGUGUGUGUGCGUGUGUGUGUGUGUGUGUGUGUGUGUGUGUGUGUGUGUGUGUGUGUGUGUGUGUUUGUGUCUCACUGUGAGCAUCUGAACUGUAGAGAUCAGCAGAUCAGCUGAUCCGCUUCAUGUUUGUACAGUGACCCACGUGUGUGUGUGUGUGUGUGUGUGUGUGUGUGUCCAAGAACUGCUCAAUAAACUACACACCGCAGCAGAG